GGAAGUGGGAGCCUGCCCACCCCCUCCACACCAUAAACUGGGAGCGGUGCAGGGAGGCAGCAGCAUGAAUGGCGGCCACUGCAGAGUGCUUGGUGCCCGGAGCCCUGCACUCGCAUCCUGCUCCCCGCAGAAGAUGUGCUCCUGGAUGCUGAGUUGUUGCUUAGCCCUUCAGCACCUGGCUGUGCAGGCCUCCUUGCUCUGCAUCUUCCACCUCCUCCUCCUGCCCACCCUGCCGGAGGAGCCGCCCCAUGCCCAGGCCACCAGUGAGCUGCUGGCACGCAGCCUCUUUGCCUGCGGCAUCUCCACAGUGCUGCAGACUACCCUGGGGAGCCGGCUGCCGCUGGUUCAAAUCCCAUCCUUUGAGUACCUGGUCCCUGCCAUGGUGCUGAGCUCCCACCUGUCCCUCGGUGCCAGCAUGGACAGGAACGGCACGGCUGUGGCCAGCACAUGUCCCACGCCACACUGUGCUGUUGCAGGAAGCUGGACUGCUUCGCUGCAAGAGGUCUCUGGAGCUGUGCUGAUUUCGGGGCUGGUUCAGCUGGCGCUGGGAAUGUCCGGCGUGGGUGGGUGGGCAGCCCGGCGCUGCGGGCCCAUGGUCCUGGCCCCCAGCUUCUCCAUCAUUGGCCUGUCUGCAUACAAGGAGGCCGCUUUCUUCUGCUCCACUAACUGGGCGGUAGCUUUGCUGCUCAUGUUCCUCGCUGUCACCUUCUCCCAGCACCUGGGGUCCUGCCGCCUGCCCUUCUGUGCCUGGCCCCAAGCUCGGGGGGGCUCCGCAGAGCCGUCUGUCCCCACCCUGCGCACAUUCUCGGUACUGCUCCCAUUUGCUGGUGUCUGCAUUGUCUGUGCCAUCCUCAGCCACCUCCGCAUCCCCUGGGAAUCGCUGGACCUGGCCGUGGCACAGCUGUCCUGGGCCAACGGCACCUUCCACACCCCUUGGCUCCGCAUCCCCUAUGCAGGCGAGUGGGGAUGGCCACUGCUCACCCCCCGGGCACUGGCAGUCGGCAUCGCCAUGGCCAUUGUUUGCAGCAUGAACUCCAUGGGCUGCUAUGUGCUGUGUGGGAGGCUGCUGCGAGCUUCCCGUCUGCCCCCCCACGCCUGCAACCGGGGGCUCUGCACAGAAGGGCUGGGCAGCCUCUUGGCUGGGCUGCUGGGCACCCCGGGGGGCACUGCCGCCAGCAUUGCCAACGCCUGCGUCACCGGCCUCACGCAGGCUGGCUCUCGCUUCUCAGUGCAAGUAAGCGCGCUGGUGUGCGUGGUGCUGGGCAUGUCCCCGAGGCUGGCAGGGCUGCUCACCCGCAUCCCGCUGGCAGUUCACGGGGGGGUGCUCUGUGUCACCUACGCCGUGGCUGUGGGCACGGGGAUCUCCUACUUCCAGUAUGCAGACAUUGACUCCGGGAGGAACAUCUUCAUCGUUGGCUUCACCAUGUUCAUGGCGCUGCUGGUGCCGCGGUGGCUCAGCACGGCUCCGGCUCACCUGGCCACAGGCUGGGUGCCCCUGGACCUCCUCUUCCUCUCCCUGCUCAUGGUGCCUGUCUUCUUAACGGGCUUCUUGUCAUUUUUCCUGGAGAACACGGUCUCAGGAACCCUGGAGGAGCGAGGGCUGCUCUCUGACAUGGUGCUGCGGAAAGCUGGGGCAGGUGCUUGCCACCCCUGUGGAGAGAGGGAUGAAGCCAGCCAGGUGUAUGGGCUCCCCGCUGGGCUGAGGAGACUGCUGGCAUCCUCCUGCAAAGCCUUCCCCUGCUGCUUCCUCUGCCCGGGGACCGAGGAGGAGAAGGAGGAGGAAGAGGAGGAGGGCGGCCGUGCCCCUGAGGAGGGGACCACUGCCCCAGGGGAAGGGAUGCACCUGCUCCCCAAACCCAGCUCAGGAGAGCUGCAGCCCUCCAGGAGGCCGAGUGAGAUGGAGAUGUCUGCAUGGCACGCCACGGCCUGACCCCACAGCAUGGCGACACCUCAUGGGGGACCAAGGCUGUGCCCCCAAGGCAGCUUGCAAGCCACUUUGCUCCUUGUUUCUGAAGCCCAUGUGGACUGGAGGGACCUGUGCUUCCCCACUUCCAGCACAAGCCUCAUUUCCCUGCUUGGGAGUGAGCUAUAAAACCCUUCAACCACCACUGCCCUUUCCAGGGGAGUCCUUUCCAGCCAGGAUUUGCUUGGGAGAUGCCAGCCUACCCUCCCCUGGUGCCCUGAGGACUGUGACCGUGGAGGGCAUGGCCACCUGGUGCUGCGCACAAAGUCCCACCUUCUUCUGCACCCUAACCUGGCCAUGCACCCCAAACUGUCCUGCACCCUGCCGGGGUCCUGCACCCUAAAAAGCCCUUGUCUGCUCCGACCUCCCCGGCACCCCCUUGGGAUGCAAACCCUCUGCCGUGCCGAAGGUGGCCGCAGCCUGCACAGUAGGAUGGAGGGCUCCGAGGAGCUGGAGAACAGCCUCCUGACACAGCCCUGGGCUUCUGUUUGCUUUGGCGAGUCUGUUUUUCUUGCCAAAGCGUGCUUCAGGGAUAC